AUGCCAGCACCACCACCUCCACUGAACUGCCCACCUGGAUUGAAGUACUUAAGUCAGAUAGAUCAGAUACUCGCUCAUCAGCAAGUUGAGCUCCUGGAAGUUUUAACAGGCUUUGAAACUAACAACAGAUUUGAAAUUAAGAACAGCCUUGGACAGAGGGUUUACUUUGCAGUAGAAGAUACUGACUGCUGCACCCGAAAUUGUUGUGGAGCAUCCAGACCUUUUACUUUGAGGAUUCUUGAUAAUUUGGGGCAAGAAGUCGUAACUAUGGAGAGACCACUGAGAUGCAGUGACUGUUGCUGCCCCUGCUGCCUUCAGGAGAUAGAAAUCCAAGCUCCACCUGGUAUCCCAAUAGGCUAUGUUAUUCAGACCUGGCACCCAUGCCUGCCUAAGUUUACAGUUCAGAAUGAGAAGAGAGAGGACGUUCUGAAAAUAGCUGGUCCGUGUGUGGAGUGCCGCUGUUGUGAAGAUAUUGAUUUUGAGAUUAAAUCUCUUGAUGAAGAGGUUGUAGUUGGCAGGAUUUCCAAGCACUGGUCUGGGUUUGUGAGAGAGACCUUCACGGAUGCGGACAAUUUUGGGAUCCAGUUUCCAUUAGACCUUGAUGUGAAAAUGAAAGCUGUGAUGCUUGGCGCUUGUUUCCUCAUUGACUUCAGGUUUUUUGAAAGCUGUGACUAG